AUGGAUCUCAGCAAAGUUCAAGAUAUCAGAGAAGGCAUCACUUGCAGUUCUCAUGAGCCAGAUGCUGUGCUAAUAGAGUUCGUCGAUGAUGAGGAAGACUCUUACAUCGACUUAAACCUUGAUCAGGAGACAUCAGAGUCUGAUGAGUUUGAGUUCCAAAUCUCUUUGCCAUCUCAAUCUUCAUCUAAAUUUUGCUAUCAGAGCCCGGCUGAUGAGCUCUUCCACGACGGGCAAAUAGUUCCACUCAAGAACAUCUAUGGUGUCAACAGAGAGAGCUCGCAGGCUCCAAAUGCUAGGGCUAGUUUUUCUGCUGCUUAUAACUCUAUGGAUAUUCUUACCGUCGAGCUUCUUAGAUGCAGGGAAUUGAGCCCAGAUAACUAUGGAGCCAGUGGUGACCACCGGAGGUUAGCCGGCGAGUUCAACGAAGAGGAGCCAACUCAAUUCAGGAAACAUUCUAAGAUCAUGUGGCUUCUUAAUGGUGGCAUGAUGAAGUUCUUGAUCAAAUUUCCACCAGAAAAGUUUCGAUUAUCUUUUAUCUCUACAAUGAAGUCUUACUGUUCUUUCUACCACCCUGCUAACAGAGGAAGCAAUUAUAUAAAGCAGAAAAAAAGUCCUAGGCAUUGGAAACUUGUGCUACCAUCUUACAAAUGGACACUACCUUGGAAGAGCAGAGGCAGCCAGAACAGCAACAACAUUGAUAAUAAAACUAACAACACUCACAACCAACAUGCAAGAAAAUUAAUGAUUUCAGAUAUCAAUGAUGCCGAGAAAUUAGAUGCUUUUGAUGCUCUGAGUUCAAAUUUAGGCAGGGGAAGUCCAAAUUUUGGGGUCUACCCAACCUCAAUUCUGCAGUCACCAUAUCACACAAAUGUAAGAGAAAAAGGAGUCAUGGAGAUGGAUAGGUCUAUAAACGCUGCAAUAGACCACUGUAAAGUGUCACUUGGUAGUUAUCAGAGGCAACGAUAGAUUCACCACUUGGCUUACUUUCCUCGGUACCAAUAAGUUUACAAUGGUUACCCCCCCCAAGCAGGACUUGAAUAUAUGACCUCUUGGCCUCAACUAAAUGUUAGUGCAGGUUUGGCCAUUAAUCUCACCCUCACCACUGCUUUUCUGAAGCAGAUCUUGCUGCUUGUUGGUGUUGUAGAAAGCAAAUAAGCUAGUGAGGAGGGGGCAAAAAAAAAUCCUGUGUACAUAAACCAUUGUUAUGAAUAAACAUGUGGA